UUUCAGAAAAAGAAGGAAAAUUGAAUAAUGCAAAAAAAGGGAAAUCGUUUGAGACGGUUAGAAUUGAAUAGGGGACUGCAUGCUUUUCUGCAACUACGCUUCCUCCCUUCUCCCUCUCUCUCUCUCUGACAUGCGUUUGGGAGAAAUGCAAUCGAUUUCAGACUCCCACAAAUCUAAGUUCCAUUUAUCCUGGGUUUUCUUGUAUCGCGGCGAUCGGAGAUUGUCUUUUUCACUCCAACAUUCGGCAUUUUUUGUUUGUUCAUAGACCAAUUUCUCAUGUGUGAGAAUAUCAGCGAGGAGUUGGUUUUGUUUCUUUCCAUAUUUAUGUGUAUGGUCGUUCGGAGUUCUUCAACCGAUUUUAUGGUUUUAUGCAAUUAAUGCAUUCUGUUUAUUGGACAAACUCUUUUCCACAUAAAUGACCAUAUUCUUUAUGUUAAGUCUUUGUGAGAUUGUUUGAUUAGCAAACAAUCAUAAGAUUUUUGUUGAUUAUUUUCGGUUAAGAUGAAGCUUUUGGUCCGUGUAAUUGAAGCGAAAAAUAUAUAUGCCAAGGACGCACAUGGACUUAGUGAUCCAUAUGUAAAACUGCAGCUGGGGAAGCAAAAGUUCCGGACUAAAGUAAUGAAAAAAUGUUUGAAUCCAUCAUGGUGUGAGGAAUUCACGUUUAAAGUUGAAGAUUUGAAAGAAGAGCUUGUUAUAUCUGUUUUAGAUGAAGACAAGUACUUCAAUGAUGAUUUUGUUGGAGAGACGAAAGUGCCCGUCAAUUGGGUUUUUGAAGCUAAAGACCAGUCCCUUGGCACUGCUUGGUACGUGUUGCAGUCCAAGAACAAGAAGGCCAAGAGCAAGGAUGGUGGUGAAAUUCUUCUUACCAUUUGUUUCUCGCAAAAUAGCACUUUGUUGGAGUUGCCACCCAUUGGCGAUCCUUCAGCAUUGUCAAAGAAGCAUUCUUUUCCUGGCCGCGACACAGCUUCAAGGUCUUUACAUCGGAGGUCAUCUUGUCCGAGGUUAGAAGAAGUUCUUUCUUCUGCGGAAGAAAAGUUACACGCACCAACAUUUGCUGAUCGAAUUGUACAAAUGUUUAAUAAGAAUGGGGACACAACACCCAUGACCUCUGUUGAAGCAACUGAUGUGUCAGAUGCUGAAAGUGUGAACUCAGUGGAUGGGGAGCAGAAGUCUGAGGAACAAUUCUCGUCAGUUGGUUUCCAAGAAUUGAUGAGAAGUCUGGAGAUGAAAGACCAAGGAGGUGAACUUCCAAGUAAUUUAUCUGGAGGAGUAGUUCUAGACAAAUAUUAUGGCACAGCACCUCCAGAAUUGAACUCAAUAAUCUUCUCACCAGAUUCAAACUUUUUGAAGUCUUCAGCAGAUAUGCAGGGAUCUACUGACUUGCAAAUAGGACCUUGGAAAUUUGAAAACAAUGGUGAGAGCCUAAAAAGAGUGGUUUCUUCUAUUAAACCUCCGACCAAAUUGGUUAAAGCUUUGAAAGCUACAGAGGAGCAAACAUAUCUGAAAGCUGAUGGCAAGGCUUUUGCUGUUUUAGCCACUGUGAACACUCCCGAUGCUCCAUAUGGGAAAACUUUUAAGGCGGAAGUUCUUCACUGCAUUUCUCCUGGCCCAGAACAGCCUUCAGGUGAGCAGUCUUCUCGACUGGUAGUUUCUUGGCGAAUUAACUUUUCACAGAGCACUAUGAUGAAAGGUAUGAUUGAAAACGGAGCAAGACAAGGUAUAAAGGAGAGCUUUGAGCAGAUGGAAAAGUUGCUAGCCCAGAUGGUAAAGCCACUUGAUCUUAAAGAUAUUGGCUCCGAGAAAGAUCAGCUUUUGGCAUCUCUUCAAGUGGAGCAUCAGUCUGAUUGGAAACUGGCUGUUCAGUAUUUUGUUAACGUUCCAGUAAUUGCUGCUAUUUUAUUGGGGUUAUAUGUGCUCACACAUUUAUCACUGGCUAUGCCUAGUACAGUUCAGGGUCUUGAGUUUGUUGGUUUGGACUUGCCUGAUUCCCCUAGUGAAUUAAUAGUAUGUGGAGUACUGGUUCUGUUAGGGCAACGGCUGCUGGACUCGGCGUCUCGCUUUAUGCAGGCCAGAGCGCAAAAAGGCAGCGAUCACGGAAUCAAAGGACAGGGAGAUGGAUGGUUGCUUACGGUUGCCUUAAUUGAAGGGAGCAAUUUGGUAAAGGUGAACUCAAGACGAUCCUCCGAACCUUAUGUGGUGUUUACUUGCAAUGGUAAAAAAAGAACAAGCUCUAUCAAGUUUCAGAGAUCUAAACCUCUUUGGAAUGAAAUUUUUGAAUUUGAUGCAACGGAUGAGCCUCCAUCUACGCUGGGUGUGGAAGUUUUUGAUUUUGAUGGGCCUUUCAGUGAGGCUACAUCUCUUGGACGUGCUGAAAUUAAUUUCUUAAAAUCUAAUUUCUCGGAUUUGUCUGAUAUCUGGAUUCCCCUACAAGGAAAGUUGGGUCAGGCAUUUGAGUCAAAGUUACAUUUAAAAAUUUUCUUGAACAAUACUAAGGGUAAAAAUAUUGUCAAAGAUUAUAUAGCUAAGAUGGAGAAGGAAGUUGGCAAGAAGAUAAAAUUGCGUUCACCUCAAACAAAUUCAGCAUUCCAGAAGCUUUUCGGGUUGCCCCCUGAGGAGUUUCUUAUCAAUGACUUCGCUUGUAACUUGAAACGAAGAAUGCCUCUCCAGGGCCGUCUCUUUCUUUCAGUAAGAAUGAUUGGCUUCCAUGCAGACCUAUUUGGUCACAAGACGAAAUUUUUCUUUCUUUGGGAAGACAUAGAAGAUAUUCAAGUUAUACCUCCGACUCUGUCGUCAAUGGGCAGCCCAAUCAUGGUGAUGAUACUAAAGCCAGGAAGAGGAUUUGACGCACGGCAUGGAGCAAAGAAACAAGAUUCAGAUGGCAGGCUGAAGUUUCAUUUCCACUCUUUUGUGUCUUUCGAUGUGGCACAACGAACAAUCAUGGCACUCUGGAAGGCAAGAGCCUUGACUCCUGAACAGAAGGUACAAAUAGCGGAGGAAGAAUCCGAAGCAAAUGGUCCCCAAACUGCUGAAGAGGAGUCUAUGGCUGAAAGCGUCCAGGAGGAACUGGAGUCUAAAAGGCAUCAAACAGCAGACGAAGAUUCUGAUGCCAGAAGCCUUCAAAAUGAAGACAAUGGGUCUUUUCGGGGACCUGAGGAUGUUAAUAUGUCUAUGGUUUAUUCUUCUGUCCUAGCAGUUCCUACUAGUUUCUUUAUGGAGUUGUUCGGAGAGUGUGACAUCGACCAGAGGGUCGCGGAGAGAGCUGGAUGCCUCAAUUAUACUCGAACACCUUGGGAAUCUGAAAAGCCGGAUGUCUAUCAGAGGCAGCUUCGCUACAAAUUUGAUAAACUUAUAUCUCGUUAUAGAGGAGAAGUGACUAGCACUCAGCAAAAGUCUGGCCUUUCUAGUAACAAUGGUUAUCUCGUUGAAGAAAUCAUGAAUCUCCAGGGCUUUAUGCUUGGCAACUAUUUCACACUUCACUUAAGGUAUCAGGUUGAGGAUCUACCGUCAAGAUCAGUAGGUUGUAGUGUUCAAGUAUACUUUGGAAUUGAAUGGUUACAACACACGAGACACCAGAAAAGGAUCAGAAAGAGCAUUACUUCAAAUCUGCUGAAGCGGCUGAGGAUCAUGUUCAGUGAACUAGAGAAAGAAUACAUUUCAGGGGCAUAAAAUUUUUUCCACAUGCUGCUCUGAUUCCAGUUGCGGUAGAAACAACUAAAAUGACACUAUGCUUAAUGCAUGUCGAUUCCGUUUGAUGGUCUCUGACUCUUCCAUGUCAAGAAUGAUGCUAAGAGGCAAAACUGAAUAGCUCCUUAUAUUUUUGUAAUUGUUGUUCAUGCUUUGAUGUAAUGAGACUCAUGCAUGGCCACUGCAGCGGCCACCGAGUGUAUAUAUGCAGCAAAAUCAACUCAACCUGUUCUCAAGUGAACAGUUUUGGUCGAAAACUUAGCAUGACUAAUUUGGUGGUGAACGUGGAUGUAGUUCCUUAGUAUGUAGCAGAUCUUCAUGUGUAUUAUUUUCUGGAGAUCUGUAUUGUUGUAAGAUUUGGAGAAGUUUCAUGACUCAGUAACAGGAUCUUCUUCCUUU